AUGGGGCGGUUUCUGAGCCUCGGCGAAACUUGGAUGAACACCCAUGGUCGGCGCCCCCGACGGGACUUCAUCGCCGGCAUGGUUUGGCUGGCUGCGGGCAUCACGUUACUUGGUGGGAUGGCCUGGUACCUGAGCAUGACCCUUAGCGAAAUUGCUUAUGGAUGGAUAGGGGAGCUGCUCAUUAUGGCGACGCUGAUCGCGAGCCGUUCUCUCUAUGCCCAUGUGCGUGAUGUGUACGCUGCUCUCACCCUGAACAAUAUUGAGCAAGCACGUGAGAAGGUAUCCCUCAUUGUCGGAAGGAAUACUGACGCAUUAGAGGAGCCUGCCAUUACCCGCGCAGCGAUAGAGAGCCUCGCGGAGAAUGCCUCCGACGGCGUUAUCGCGCCGCUGUUCUGGGGCCUUGUGGCCGGUCUGCCGGGCAUUGCGGUCUAUAAGUUGGUCAACACAGCAGACAGCAUGUGGGGCCAUAGAAGUGAACGAUAUGAAUGGUUCGGCAAAACGGCUGCACGCCUGGAUGAUCUUGUGAACCUGAUCCCAGCGCGGCUCACUGGUAUCCUGUUUUGUGUGGCUUCUCUUAGCGUGGGACGCAGCAGAGCUGCCUUUCGGGUGAUGUGGCGCGAUGCAUCAAUCCAUCUGUCGCCAAAUGCAGGCUGGCCGGAAGCGGCGAUGGCGGGCGCGUUGGGGUGUCGCUUGGGCGGGCCGCGAACAUAUCAGGGGCAGGUCACAGACGGUGUGUGGCUCGGAGACGGAUCGGCUGACCUGGACGCAAGCGAUCUUCGACGAUCAUUACAGCUCUAUCUGAUAAUGCUCGGACUGGCUGUGAGCCUGAUCUUGGUCGUCGCCCUCCUUGGGGGGCAUAUGCUUUGA